AUGGACAAAAAUGAGCCACGGCAUUCUACUGAUGGUGGUCUAUCUCCCGAACAAGAUACACAAGAUACUAGUGACAACAAAACAGCAGAGGAAGAAGGGCAACUAGAGUCACAUCCAGAAGUGCAAAGUGAUAUCGAAAAAUGUCAAGAAAAACCUGUAAUAAAAACCGUUGCACGUGUUCCUACCACAAAAGGUACCAAGAGAAGAGUGUUAGAUGCGAAAUCUGAAGAAGCUUACGCGAUAAUGAAACAACUAUCAAGUAACGUGAAAAACGAGAUGACUUCGAUGUGUAUGGUGAAUAUGUAGCCGGGAUCUUGCGGAAUCUAAAAAGCAAGUCGGUUCUAGCCGUCGCGAAAUAUGAAAUAAAUAAUGCUCUCUACCGAGCGGAGAUAGCAGAGAUAUCUUCAAAUACACCUGAGCCAUCCACUACUCCGGCAUCUGAUACACCUGCAUCUACUCCACUUUCACCAACUACAACAGACACUGACACUCAAUCAUACAAUAGACCUGGGUCGUCUACCAUGCCGUCCGCUACAAAUAUAUCCACUACUUCACCAAUUCAAACAGACACUGACACUCAAUCAUACGCAGGCGCAGAAGACAUAAGUGAGAAUGAAUUAACCUUUACACAAAUGCUUCUGAAUUUAUAAAUGUCCUGAUUUUUUCUAAUUGCAAAUGAAUGAAUAAAGAGGUUUAGAAAAAGUCUAUGUACUUACUUUUAUUUUGUCGCUUAAACAGUCGAUGAGAGCGUCGCACACUUCUGGCACAAUAUUCGAAAUACUUUGCUUAGAAAAUUUGAAUAAAUAGCUUAAACUUUGGUAGGAAUCUCCACUUGCUAAGAAUCUCAAUGUAACUGCCAAUCUUUCUUUUACUGGUAUUGCAUC